GAAACAGUACUCCUAACAUUAGCAAACGCUAAAAGGAAGGAAUGCUAGCUAACUUGUAAAAAGUUUUGGACUCAAUAAUGCCGAAACAUUCCGAGGAGCUACAACACCUGAGUGUACAGCCCUCAGGACGUUGGGUGUGGAGGGAUGAAAGUCGAACAGUGGAGUUUGUCAGUUCUAGUCCAGCAGAGGAGUGUGUUUUGAGAAAAAGGAGGCAAACUAAUGUCAAUUUCAAAGAGCUUCAACAGCGAGCAGAGUGGCUGGCUGAGAUCUGCACGUUGAACCAUAGAGGGCGCCAGAGCAUUAGAAAGAGCCUGCGCCCUGCUCAUCUGCAUGCCUACAGGUCCUCUGUGAUGAGGCGGCGAGGAGACUGCAUUACAAUUGAUGAUGUUAAACAGGUGGCUGUCAGUUUGCUACAGGAGAAUUACUUGCUUCCAAUUCCAUUCAGCUUCAUGACUGUAUUAAAGUGUAAAGCUCUUGAUGACGUCCUGCCUGCCCUUCUCCUUUACCUGUCCUGUUUCUUUGAACACAAGUCUCUGGAGGAUAUGCCCAAAUCUUCAAUGGCUGUAGACCUCAUCACAGAGCACAAGAUGAUGGCAGAGGCUUUUGCCAAAAAGGAAAUAGCACAAAAGAAGCUGGCUGUCUGCUACUUCAGCCUAAUGAUGGACCUGGAGAUGGAACAGCAUCAACACACAGCAUAUCAAAAGGGCCGGAUGUUAUCACACAGCACAGACUGGCUGCUGCAUGCGUGCUUGUACAGCUUCUUCUGUUAUGCAGCCUGGGUGACGUUUGGCAGGAAGGACCUGAGGGACAUCCAAGAGGAGGUGGGGCGUCUUCUGUACUCUGACACCUUUAACAUGGCAGUGAGAAACAGGACUGAUGGGGACUCAGGGACGACCUUCACUGCUGUUAAUGGUUCAGUGAAGACGGGAGAAGUUGACCCCGAGGAGACGGAAUGGAAUAGCUCAUUGAAGCACAGAAUGCCUCAGAGACGUCCCGCCCUCAGCAGUAUAGUUAAUCAGCGAUCCCCACUGAUGAUGUCUCUGCUGCCCUCGCCCAAAGAGCGCUCCCCCCAUCUGUUCCUCGGCAACCAGGCCGGGGGACAGAGCCCGCUGCAGGCCGGCCCCUGUGACACUAAGGUCCUGAUGGAGGAGCUCAACCAGCAGCUGGCAACUCUCAGCUUUGGGAUUCUCGGCAAGCCCUUGAGGCAGUUCAGCCGCAGCACCCUGACACCCUAUGGAGAGCAAGAGAACAACAAAGAUGAGGAUUACAGCCAUGAACCAGAGAGUGAUGCUAGUAACAACAGUGAGGAUCAUCCUGGCGUCCAUGUUGGAGGUAGCAGGUCAUCCUUCAUGGAACCCAAGUCCACAGGCCGUGUCAGAUAUGGCAGCACCCCCCGCUCACACACAAGACGCUCUGCAGCUACUGUUCAGGCACUGACCUCACACACUGAAUGAUGUGUAUGUGUGAAAGUGGCAGAAUGUUUUGAGUGUGAGUGUGCAUUUUUAUUGGUAUAACAAAGACAUCCUCCAGCACAGCCUUCAGGGUCAGAAAAAGAGAACGACUCAAGUUUUCUUUCUGCUGUGCAGGUGUGUGGCUCAUUUU